GCACCAUGUCCCAGCUGUGUGUCUACAAAUUCAUUUGAUCGACACAUUGAUUUCAAAAAUGAAGCUGUGAAUCCUGAAGCCAUGAGAAAGAGAGGUUUUCUUAUUCCAACGCACAAUAGAGUGGAUGUCUGUUACAAACAUUCAAUAUUAGGUAAACAUAUUUUUUACAAUAAAAGAUUUUGGAUACAAUUAUUAAAUUACUGCUUUGGCUAAGGCCAUGCACAUGCACAGAUAGACCCCAAGUGUUGGCCUUUGACUAGAUUAGAUGACACAGCCUUCACAAUGAAUGACACAGUGACAGCCAACACAUUUAACACACGCAGCAUCCUCAUCUUCCUGAUCGGUCUUCAUUGGUGACAGCCAGAUUGCAAUGUGUUUGUCACUGCUAUGAAAUUAAAUCAUUAAUAAAACCGCCAGCCUAUCUUAGGCAGUAGUCCUCCAUCAAGCAUAACAACAAGCAAGCUGGUGUAAAACAGCUUCACGUAAGGUUGGAAAUGCCACCAAAAUGAAUAAAAAUGCGUACAAAAUUCAAGAUAUUAAUUGCAACUGUAUGAGUGCUUGUUUUUUGUUUUUUACGUGUCUAGAAAGACUACAAAUUCAGUGGAUCAAGCAGUGACCCCUGGAGCCAUGUGAGAUUUUUGCCUGAAUUGGACAAAGAAUACAUGCAUAUUAGAGAUAAAAUUUGCAGUAUAUAUUUACAUGGGAACAAUGAAGUUUCUGGAGACCUGCAGGAUUCUUACCAAGCAGUGGAUGAUGCCAUCAAAACCACUCACAAAACCAGAAUGAAGAACAAGUAUGAGCGCUUAUUUGAGGGAAUCAAACUACAAGAGAAUCAAACCCUCCUGAACAGCAUCUACACACAGCUCUAUAUCAUAGAGGGAGAGAGAGAAGGGGUGAAUGAAGAACAUGAGGUGCUACAGAUGGAGAAAACAGCCAGAACACAAGACACUCCAAUCUACUGCAAUGACAUCUUUAAACUUUUACCUAAACCAGGAUGUGAGGAGGAAGACAAAAUCAAGACUGUUCUUACUAAAGGCAUCGCUGGAAUUGGAAAAACCGUCUCUGUGCAGAAGUUCAUACUGGACUGGGCCGAGGGAAAAGCCAAUCAGGAUGUAGAUUUCAUGUUUGUGCUUCCAUUUCGAGAGCUGAACUUGAUUAAAGAUCACCAGUACAGUCUUCACAGACUUCUGCUGGACUUUCAUCCUGAACUUCAAGAUCUGGACUCAAAGAUUUAUGAAGAAUGUAAAGUUGUGUUCAUCUUUGAUGGUCUGGAUGAAAGCAGAAUCUCACUGAUGUUUUCAGACGAUGAUAAAGUUUCUGAUAUAAAUGAGACUUCAUCAGUGGGUGUGUUGAUGUCAAACCUCAUCAGAGGAGAUCUGCUUCCCUCUGCUCUCGUUUGGAUCACCUCCAGACCAGCAGCAGCCAAUGAGAUACCCUCAAAAUACAUCAACCGUCUGACAACAGUUCAGGGAUUCAAUGACCCUCAGAAGGAGGAAUAUUUCAGGAAGAGAGUCAGUGAUGAGCAUCAAGCCAACAGAAUCAUCUCACACAUUAGAAAAUCAAGAAGCCUCCACAUCAUGUGCCACAUACCCGUCUUCUGUUGGGUCUCAUCCACUGUGCUUCAAAACCUCCUGAAACAAAAUACCAAUGCAAAAAUCCCUCAAACUCUGACUGAAAUGUACAUCCACUUCCUGCUCAUUCAGAUAAACAUGAGGAAUCAGAAGUAUGAAGGCAGCGAUCCGGAGAAACUCCUGCAGUCCAACAGAGAAGUGAUUGUGAAACUUGCUGAAGUGGCUUACAAUCAGCUAAUGAAGGGCAAUGUGAUGUUCUAUGAGGAGGACCUGAUUGAGAGCGGCAUAGAUGUCACUGAAGCAUCAGUGUAUUCUGGGAUUUGCUCAGAGAUAUUUAAGGAGGAAUCUGUAAUUCAUCAGAGGAAAGUCUACAGCUUAAUUCAUCUCAGCUUUCAGGAGUUUCUGGCAGCUCUCUAUGUGUUUCACUGUCACAUAAACAACAAAAAGGAAGUACUGAAGUCAUUUUACAAAUCUGAGCAAAUGUCAUUGUACAUGCUGCUCAAAGGCGCAAUUGAUAAAUCAUUGCAGGCCGGACGCUUUGAUCUUUUUCUCCGCUUCCUGCUGGGCAUCUCACUGGGGUCCCAUCAGAUACUUUUAAAGGAUCUACUAAAAUACACAGAGAGGAAUGGAGGGGCCAUUUAUUUUGUCACAACAUAUAUUACAGAUAAAAUUAUUGGCGAUGAACAACUCUCAGCUGAUAAAUCUAUCAAUCUCUUCCUCUGUCUGCUGGAACUGAAUAAUCAGAAACUCUACAAAGAGAUUCAGGGAUUUGUGAAUUCAGACAAACUCUCAUGGACGAAACUUUCUCUCCCUCACUGCUCAGCCAUAGCCUACAUGCUACAGAUGUCAGAUGAGGUGCUGGAUGAACUGAACCCCAUGAAAUUCAACACAUCAGAUGAAGGGAGAAGAAGACUGAUACCAGCUGUGAGGAACUGCAGCAAAGCCCUAUUGUCAGGUUGUAAACUCACUGAUCAGUGUCGUGAAUAUGUGGCUACAGCACUACAAAUAAAUUCCUCUCUGAAAGAGCUUGACCUGAGUAACAAUGUCCUAAAAGAUUCUGGAGGGAAGCUGCUCUUUGAUGCACUGAAGAGUCCAAACUGUCAACUAAAAAUAUUGAGAUUGUCCAUCUGCCAUUUAACUGAUCAGUGUUGUGAAAACCUGGCUUCUGCUCUACAAUCAUCAAAGUCCUGUCUAAAGGAGCUGGACCUGAGUAACAAUGACUUGAAAGAUUCAGGAGUGAAGCUGCUCUCGGAUGCACUGAAGAGUCCAAACUGUCAACUGGAGAAGCUGAGAUUAUCUGGCUGUAUGGUGACAAAGGAAGGUUGCUCUCAUCUGGCUUCAGCUCUGAAUUCAAACCUUUUUUUGAGAGAGCUGGAUCUGAGCUACAAUCACCCUGGAGAUUCAGUGCUCAUAGCUAGACAGACGGAUCCAAACUGCAAACUGGAACAACUCUGUCUGGAUCACGGGGGAGAGAACAUGAUUAAAGCAGGACUAUACAAAUAUUUCUGUGAUCUCACACUGGAUCCAAACACGGCACACAAUCAGCUCUCUCUGUUAGAGGGCAACAAAAAGUUGUUAUAUAAUUCAAAUCCAAUGCCAUAUCCUAAUAAUCCAGAGAGAUUUGAGCACUAUCAGCAGGUUCUGUGUAAAGAGAGUCUGUCUGGACGCUGUUACUGGGAGGUUGAAUGGAGCGGGGAGGGUGACGUGGCAGUGUCAUAUAAAAAUUGUGGCUGUUGGUUUGGAGGCGAUGAAAAAUCCUGGAUUCUAGGCUGCUUUGGGGAGAAACUGGUUGCCCAGCAUAAUGCUGUUCAAAUACAUAUACCUCCCCCAGCACCUCCCCUAAACAAAGUAGGAGUGUAUGUGGACGAGCCGGCCGGGAUUCUGUCCUUCUACAGCAUCUCUGACACAAACACACUCAGACACUUACACACAUUCAACACCACAUUCACUGAACCCCUCUAUGCUGGAUUUAUGCUUUAUAACUAUUCAGUGUCUCUGUGUGAUGUUAAACAACAGGACGAAUAAUUACAAGAUGAGACACAAUUAAAAAUGUCAAACUUUUUGAAGUACAUUUUCAACCAAAACAUUUCACAAAAAGAGAUUUGUUAGGUUUCUAAAUAUUAAAAAAUGAAUAUGUAUUGUUCAACGUGAAGAAAAUAUCUAUGGCUGUCAAACUUUGUGUAGCAUGUUCCUAUAUUAAUAUAAUAUAGUACAUCGUCCGGCUAGGACACUGCAUGAAAAAGUACAUUGAGACCAGGUGCUUGAAAAUGUGUCUCUGAAAAGUUAGUGUUGAGAAAGACUCAAGCAUAUUUUGCUUCAAAUGGCUUCAGUCCAUUCUUCUUCCAUCUGUUGAAAGGGGGACGUAGGCUGAUGAUACAGGGGGCAACUUUUUGAGCAAUGUUGCUGAGCAACUUAGGUUAAUGUUGCCAUCAACGGGCAACCAAAUGAGACACAGGCUCAGUUCCCAGGUAAAGCAAGAACUGAUCAUGUAAAUAUAUUCCUUGAAUGCAAUGUAAGUUGCUUUGAAUAAAAGCGUCUUUCAAAUGCAUGAAUGUAAAUGUUGACAAAUUUCUAAACUUGUUUGUGAUCUGUGUGGUUUAAACUUACAUCUUCAAUACAAAGUGGUCUAUAUUCUGACACAGCGUUAAAGCACACUUCAAAAUGUUUAAUCAUUAUUUUUAGGGGUACUGGGAUGCUUUUAUCAAUUUAUUUAAUUCUCUAAUUGUCCUGAUAUGUGAUCACUUCUGAUAUAUUAUGUGAUUGGUGGACACACCACCUGACUUUAACAGUCAAUUAUAAGUUGUAUUUGCUUGUAUCUAAAUGUGUAUCUUUUAGCCCUUAGUUAUGUACACAGACAGAAAGUGAAAGUAACUUCGUCACAGGAGCAUGUAUUAUGAGAUGACUAGGACAUGUGUAGUGAAUCCCUGCUGAAAAAACCAAUAGAACCCUGCCCAAAACACAAUAGAAAAUGUAAUGGUUGUAAUGGUUAUAAUGGGAAUUGUAUUGGUUUUAAUGGAAACUAUAAUGGUGUCUUCUGGUAUGUGAUGGAUUCUAUUGGUGGGAUGUUAAAUCCUACUGGAAAAAUGCCCAAAACACACUACAAAAAGAAAUUUUGUAAUGGUUUUACUGGAAAAAGCUAAUGGUUUAUAAUGGUAUUUUAAUGGAAACCAUUGGAAUUUCUGUGAUGGUUUCUACUGGGCUUCUAAAUUGUAUUGCAUACUUGCUGCUGCCAUAAUAAA